AUGUCUCUCGUCGGAAAAGUCGCCAUCGUCACCGGUGCCGCCCGUGGCAUUGGCGCUGGCAUCGCCUUGAAGCUUGGACAAGAGGGAGCUCGGGUGGCCAUCACUUACGCUACCGACUCUUCAACCCCAAAGGCCGCAGCUCUGGUAUCCCAACUCUCUGAGCUAGGUACCUCGGCGAUUGCCAUCCAGGCUGAUCUCGCCCAGGAGUCGGCUCCAGGCAAGAUUGUUGCACAGACUCUAUCUGGGUUUGGCGUCGACCACAUCGACAUCCUCGUGAAUAACGCCGGCGUCGCAGACGUUCACCCCGUCGAGGAGGUCACUCCGGAAAUGUACGACAGCGUCUUCGCCAUCAACACGCGCGCCACCUUCUUCAUGACCCAGGCCGUCCUGCCAAGCAUCUCCAAGGGGGGCAGGAUCAUCCACGUGUCGUCGACUAAUGCGAGGACGGGAAUGCCUGGCACGGCGGUCUAUGCGGCAAGCAAGGUUGCCCUCGAGGCUUUUACUCGAGUCAUGGCUGCUGAGUUUGGGCCCAAGUAUGGGGUUACUGUCAACGCGGUGAACCCGGGUCCUGUGGCCACGGAUAUGUAUCUCUCUGCCCCUGGUACGCUUCGGGACACUAUGCAUGAGAUGGUUAAGAAUGUGCCUGCCGGAGGACGAAUGGGGACUCCAGAGGACAUUGCGGACAUCGUCAAGUUUCUAGCUAGUGAGGAGUCGAGAUGGGUGAGCGGGAAUGUGGUUACGGCUAAUGGCGGUUUGGUGAUGAUGUAG